GGUGAAUCCCUCUCACACACACUUCUGCUCUCUGUCACUUCCCGGAUUCCGCGUGUUCCGUCAGAGUCUGUGGAAAGUUUUGAAGUUGUGUUCUUGUUAAGAGAGAGAGGGAGAGGGAGGGAGUGAGGGAGUGAGGAAGGAAGGAAGGAGGCGGGUAUCUGGCUGAGUCCACGGCGGAGGCUACAGCGCUCUUCACUCGGCUCCAGCAGAAGCUCCGUGUUUGCUCUGUGUUGUAUGCGGCUCUAAGCUCCAGGAUGGCGGCCGUGAAGGCGCUGCAGCAGUGGUGCCGGAUCCAGUGCGACGGAUACCGGGACGUGACCAUCACCAACAUGACCACGUCGUUCAGGGACGGACUGGCUUUCUGCGCCCUCAUCCACAAACACAGACCCGAUCUCAUCAAUUUUGAUUCACUGAAGAAGGAAAAUGUCUACGACAACAACAAACUGGCGUUCAGCGUCGCGGAGGAGGAGUUGGGAAUUCCAGCUCUGUUGGACGCAGAAGACAUGGUCGCUCUUAAGGUCCCCGACCGCCUCAGUAUCUUGACAUAUGUCUCGCAGUACUACAACUACUUCCAUGGACGCUCCCCGAUUGGUGGGAUGGGAGGUAUAAAGCGUCCAGCCGAGCCGACCCCACACGAACCGCCUGGAAAGAAGAACCAGCCAGUGGUGGCCAAAGUGUUUCCCUCAUCCAAACCUGCCAGAGAGAACAGCCCUCCCCCCUCCUCCAACAUCACACGGCAUUUUCCUGCACCAAAACAAACCACAAACAUCACCAAGGACGGUCCAGUUGAGACACCGCAUCAGACGGGCACACUGAGUAACAAAUGUGUCUCCUGCAACAAGCACGUUCACCUGGUGCAGCGAUAUCUAGUGGACGGCAAGCUCUACCACAGGAACUGUGCAAAGUUACUGUCAACAAACUCAACUGCAUCUUUUAGAAAUUCGUCAACAAACAGCCCGGUCUCCAAAGUCACUCCACUACCAGACAUGACGAAAACCAGCACAACCACACCUGCGCAAAUACCCUCCAGACAGGGACCAACAUGGCGGCUGGACAAACCCAGCACCACAUCUAACUUCUCCACCAACGUUUCCUAUUCAUCUCCUUCCAGGCCUGCUUCAGGUGUCUCUUCCACCUCUAAAGAAAGUCAGACUGCUUCUGCUUCCAAACCUACUGCUGCACGGACUGUGUGCGAAUCCACCUUCGCUACAACCAGAAUCAUCGACAGCAGGCCAACUCCUGCACCUCGCACCUCAACCACAGCAGCCAAGACGAUGCAGUCCAAGCUCAAGUUCUUCGAGUCGGACAGCAACACUAGCAAUGAAGAGAAAAAGACUUCAUCUAUUAAUGUGGACAUAAAUAAAGGGAUGCACACUGCUGGUGGGAAGGUCCAGGAGGUUACUGCAGGUCAGACUGUGACUGUGGUUGUAAAUGUUGGUGAUGCUGGCAAAAAGGCAACCAGCCCAAACUUGAACAAAGGUGGAGACCGAGCUAAAGCCGCUGUCAAAGGUGGAAAGGAGCGUUUGAAACCGACAGACGUUGAGAGCAAAAAAACCAAAGCAGAAGCAGCAGCUUUUCUCUCCAAGAAACUGGCUGAGGAGAACAACAACAACAAUAUAACACCGUCAUGGACGACUGUAGCACUGAAGAAAACUGAGAAACCUUCUCAAGUUGAGAAUCCCAAGAGGGAGACACCGGCUGUCAGAGGGAGAGUGAGGCUGAGGGCUGACCCGUCACUCCUCGCUGACCUGAAGGUUCUGGACACACCAAAGUCUGCUCCAGCUUCUGUUCCGAGCCCGGUUCCGAGCCCAGUUCCGAGCCCUGUUCCGAGCCCUGCUCCAAGUCCAACCGUCAGGAGCAAACUGAGAACCAGGACUCCAGACAGAGGGAGCCCGAAGCCUGUCAGAGCUUCACCCAACACCUCAGCAUCAGAGAACGAGUCUCCUGCCGACUGGAGGUCGAUGCUCAAACCUGUCGGCAAAGAAACCAAACCGGCGAGUCCUCCACAGCCAGCUAAACCGCGGGCUAGUGGAGCUGGAAAGACCCGGGUAUCGGAGCUUUCUGUCGGGCCUCCCUCGUCCUUGUCCUCCUCUAAUGUCUCUACACCAAUCAUUUCUAUCACUCCACCAUCAUCAAAGGGACUUCAGAACGGUGCUGGAAAACAAACUGCAAAUGGCACCAAGACGGAGUCAAAGACUGUGAAGAUGAAGCAGGACUACAUUCCCAAAGAAGACAUCCUAAAGGAACUCGACAACAUCGAAGAGAGCUUGAAUGAGUUGGAGAGGAGAGGAGUGGAGCUGGAGAUGAAACUCCGCCGCAGCGAGGAAGAGGGUGAAGAUGACUCUCUCAUGGAUGGGCUCAUGGUCGAGUGGUUCAACUUGAUCAGGAACAAGCAGGUGGCCAUGCGCCGGGAGUCUGAACUGGUUUACAUAGGGAGAACUCAGGAACUGGAGGAGCAGCAGCCGAGUGUGGAGCAGGAGCUCAGGAGACUGAUGGAGAAACCAGAGCGUCUGAAAACAUCCUGGGAAAGAAAAAGGGAAACGCAGCUGAUGGACAAACUGGUGGAGAUCGUCAACGACAGGAACGCCAUCGUGGAAGGUCUGGACGAAGACAGGCUCAGGGAGGAAGAGGAGGACCAGGAGCUAAACAAGAUGAUGAUGAAUUUCAAUAUAAAGAAAGACAAACCAAAGAAAAAGUCAUCGGUGGCCAGAAUCUUUGGCUGGGGAAACAAGAAGGAGGGAUGAAUCUGCUCGAGUUUUCUGCUCCUGUUCACGUCUCAAAGCCAUUUGCCCUAUAGUUCCUCAGAAAUGAGGCUCCGCCUCGUUACAAUCAGGUAUUUGUGUCCAUGAGGACUACUGGUCCUCACAAGGUCAGUAUUUAUGCCUAGCAAUUGUCCUAAAGAGGUAACAAAUACACACACACACACACACGUUUGCACAGUAUUUGUAGUGAGGACCCUAACCCUUAAACUAAGCCUUAAACCCUUAAAAAGACAUAAAGAUUAUGUUGAGGGGUCAAUGACUCACCAGCUGUGUUGUGAUUGAGUUCACUGCUCUGCUUGUUAGUUAAUCCCCUUCUUAAUCUUAAUCUGUCUACUUAUUACUCACUCACACACACACAGGCACAUCUCCUCACUGAUGUGUACAGUAACACUGAUGCUUGUGUACAGUAACACUGAUGCUUGUGUACAGUAACACUGAUGCUUGUGUACAGUAUCACUGAUGUCCUUCCUGACCCUGUAGCUGCUGUCCUGUACAUGUCCAACUGUGUGUGUACGAUCUCCUUUAACUACAAAGAAAUACAACACUUACAUGUUUUUGUCCUUUGACAACAUCACACAACUCUGUGUCAUUCAAGCGCACUUUGCGUUACGGUGAUUAUGCGACGAUCGGAGAAAUUCCAGCGGUUUCUGAAAGUUGAGAAGUUGCGGCAUGUGGUUAUUCUGUGGUAUAUUUCACACGCACUGUAUCAGGAAGGCGGCGGAUCAG